GAAUGUAAUGCGUGUCAAUUUUUCUUUCAGUCAAUGUAUAUUUAGUGGCUUAUGCCGAGUAUUGUAAAUAAGUUUUUUUUUUUGAGAAAUCAGAGAAAAAAUAUGAAUAUUAUCGACACCAUAUACGAUGAUGAGGAUCUAUACACCGAGGAAGGGAUUGCGGCAAUAUGUGAGAAAAUUAAAAACCUAAACAACGGUGUAAAUGUCCGAUUGGAAGAAUUGUUGGGUCAGCAAAGUAAAAUCGAACGUCAAAUGAAUAACAUCGGCCGUUCGCUGGCCAGUUUGAAUGUUGCAAGCGAUGAAGCAAACAAAGUUAACUCAAUGAUUGAGAAUACAUCCACACUGGCAGAAAAUGUUAGUGCGAAAGUACGUCGAUUGGACGAGGCACGAAAACGUGUUUCCGAGUGUCAACAACGUGUGCAUGAUUUGAUUGAUUUGCAAGUGUGUUCACAAGGUGUCAUUGCUGCCAUUAAAUCGGAAGAUUUUGAAAAAGGUGCCGGUCAUAUAAAUCGUUUUCUAUCGAUGGACGAAAAACUAUUGCAACGUACGGCUGACGAUAUGUCCGGAUCGAUAACGUCAGUAAAUCAAGCUUUCAAUACACUAACCGAAGCAACGUCAAAACUACGGUUAAUUAUCAAUACAAAAUUUGAUGAAGCUGUUGCCAAAGAUGAUUUGGCGUCGGUUGAACGAUUCUUCAAGAUUUUCCCAUUGCUGGGCAAACAUCAGGAAGGCAUUGAAAAGUUUGCCGGUUAUAUUUGUGCUAAAUUGGAAAAGAAAUCACAAAAAGAGUUGAGAAACUCAUUGGAUAUGGCAAAAGCGGACAAUCGUGUUGCUGUCGCGUAUGCAGACGUUUUAACAUUAUUAUUUGAAAAUUUUGCUCGUGUGAUGGAAAUCAAUCAGCCAAUCAUCGAGAACUAUUAUGGACAUGGCUAUUUGAUUGACUUGUUCCGUAUACUUCAGAGAGAAUGCGAUAGCGAAGUGAAGAAAACAAUUGCCGAUUUCCAUAAGAAUCGCCACAUUCAACGGCAUAUGCAAAAGAUCAACGACUAUCAAAAGUCAAGCGGCCAACAGGGUUUGGGACAUUUUCGCAAACCAUCUGGCAGUUCAGUUGACAAAUUAAAUCCGAAAGAUAUCGAUGGACUUUUGGUAGAAAUUACAAUAAUGCACGCCAGAGCAGAACUUUAUAUUAAAUUCAUGCGAAGGAGAAUUGCGAACGAUGUCGAUAAAACACUGGACACCGCUGAAGCAACCGAAUUUGUGGAAAAUAAUUUGAAAACAUUCGAUCAAAUCUUAUCAAAGUCGAUUUUGAGCGUUCAAAUGCAAGAGCUACUUGGAAUUUAUUUGCUGUUUGAGCGAUACUUCAUGGAAGAAAGUAUUUUUAAGGCCAUUGCACUCGACACCUUCGAAGCUGGACAAAAGUGUUCAAAUGUUGUGGACGAUGUAUGUUUCAUCAUCCGGAAAUCAAUCAGACGUGCAAUCGAAACUCAGUCAAUAGAUGGAGUGUGUGCGGUCAUAAACAAUGCAGCCUCAUCGCUUGAACAAGACUUUGUGUCAGCUUUAAAAACACCACUUAAAAAUGGCUAUCCCUCCGGAUACAUUGAUUUGGCACAAGCAUACAAUGCAUUCCAAUCGUCCAUUCAACAAGGAAAACUACAGACAAACGACAACGAACAAUCACGGGCCAAUUUUAUUGUUCAAUUAAACAAUGCCGACAUGUCAACGGAAUUCAUUGAGACGCUAACAAAUAGCAUCGGCGAAGAUAUAAAAUGUGCCUUUCCACGGAUAAAACCAAAAGAAUGGGGUCUAGUCGAAAGCUGCUUGGGAUUACUCAAAUCCGUUCGUGAUACUUUGAAAGCGGUUGUUGAUUUUGGAUUGCAACAAUUGCGGUCGACGGCUCUCAAACCGCGAAUUCAUACCUGGAUCGAUCAAUUCAUUUCAUUGAGUCACACAUUAAACGAAGAAGAGCUAGCUAAUUAUGAGGCUGGCGAAACGUUUACACAUUCGCUCAUUCAUCAUUUGGACACGUUGCUGAAAUCAUUUCAGAAUGUAAUGAACAGCAGAAAUUACGAUGCUUUAGUAAGUAUUGUGGCCAGCGAUGCUACGGCACGUUUGGAACGCGCCAUUAAGAAAUCAUCAUUCAAUCGUCUUGGCGGCCUGGUUUUGGAUCAAGAAGUUCGAGCAUUGGGAUCUUAUUUAACAGCUGCCACCUCAUGGUCAGUUCGUGAUAAAAUGAUUCGAUUGACUCAAAUCGCAACGCUGUUGAAUUUGGAAACGUUGUCAGAGGUGCAAGAAUAUUGGAAUCCAAACGAACAAGAAGAUCGAACGGCAUGGCGUUUAACAGCUUCGGAGGUUCGAGCAAUAUUAGCUUUGCGCAUUGAUUUCAAAAUGGACGAAAUUAAACGAUUAAAAUUCAAUUGAAUUUCAAUUUUUAUCUUA